AUGUCACGCCCUUUAUUCUCAUCGACAGCCAUCCGGCGGUUAUCCCAAGCACAGACGUGCCGGCUCUUCUCGACUUCCCGACCGGCUUUGCGCCUCUCCGCAUUCCCCGGCGGCGAAGUCGUUCCUCGCCGGCCAAGAACUAUCGCAAGUAGCGCGUCUCCUCUCAAACGCUCAGCGGCUCAAUCCUCGAACUCCCGCUAUAUCCGUCAGCCACAUGUGUGUUUUUCCUCGUCGUCCAUCCGUCCGGCGACCAAGGUGACGCAGAACCCGAGAACCGGAGAUGAUGGACAAUCGCUCAUGAUUGGCAUUUCGCCACGGGCCGUGGAGCCGACAUGGGAAGACCCUAUGACCGCGCCUUGGGUCCUUCAGAUGCUCUUCCCAGCACAUGCGACCAUAGGGUGUGGAAAACAGGGCUUCCCGUCCGCUCAGCCGUACUUAAGCCACACGCCGCGUCUCCGCGAGAUCACAGACCCAACCUCCUCCCCCUCUGCUAUUAAGGAAGAGAAUCCAUACCAUCAUCUUCGCAUCACAGUUACCAGUGGUGGAUGCCAUGGUUUCCAAUAUAUGAUGUCCCUAGAGGGGGCUUCCAAAAUUGACCCGGAAGAGGAUACUGUGUUUGAAGCAGAAGCAGACGAAGCCACAACACAAUCACCUGGCGAGGCCAAGAUCGUUAUGGAUGAGCCCUCACUCGAGCUGCUGCACGGCAGCACCGUGGACUAUACCACCGAGUUGAUUGGGAGCCAGUUCAAGAUUGUGGACAACCCCCGUGCAACAAGUAACUGCGGUUGCGGGACAAGUUUCGAUGUCAGUGAUUGA